AUGGUCUCUCCACGCAAGUCGCGCAAGCUUGCGAUUGUUGGCAGUCGUUCUGUCGGCAAGUCGUCUCUCACCGUUCAGUUUGUCGACGGCCACUUUGUUGAGAGUUAUUACCCAACUAUUGAGAAUACCUUCAGCAAAGUUAUUAAAUAUAAGGGCGAAGACUUUACUACCGAGCUUGUCGAUACCGCUGGUCAGGAUGAGUACUCGCUCUUGAAUAGCAAGCAUUUCAUUGGUGUACAUGGUUACGUUCUUGUUUACUCGGUUUCCUCGACUUCGUCUUUCGAAAUGGUUCAAGUCAUCAGAGACAAACUCGUCAACCACCUUGGCGUCGAAUGGAUCCCUUGUGUCCUCGUUGGCAACAAGAGUGACUUGCGCCCAGACCAGCGUCAAGUCUCCGUCGCGCAGGGUAAGGCACUUGCUGAGAAAUUCGACUGCGCCUACACGGAGACCAGCGCCCGCUACAACGAGAAUGUCGGCAAGGCGUUCGAGAUGGCAAUCGGCGAGGUUGAGAAGCAGAACAACCCGAAUAAGCCACCAGGAGGGAACGUGUGUAUGGUCAUGUAA